AUGAUAAAAGGGACCGAUUACAUUCCGAAAGCGACCAGUUCCUGCCCUACGAUGAAAGGAUCAACACCGACAGUGCUUGCCUGCGUGCUGGUGGCGGUAGUAACCUUGGCGACUACCUGGGAAGGCGUGGCCGCCUUCGCUCAACCGAUUUGCCGGCAGAAGGGCCGGUACCUCAUCGCAAACCCGCAGGACUGCCGCUCGUACUACUAUUGCUUCGAGGGUGAACCGUUCUACGGUCUGUGCGCCGCUGGCCAUCGCUUCGACGAGGGGCGUCAGUCGUGCCUGCAGGCCUCCGUGCACGAGUGCUUCGCCUGCCCGCCGACAGGUGCCGUCCACCUGGCCAAUCCGGUUCGGUGCGAUCGGUACGUGCUCUGCUUCCACGGUGUAGCUCACGAGCGCAUCUGCCCUGUGGGACUCCUGUUCAACCAGGCAAUUGGCCAGUGCGAUCUGAUGAAGAAUGUCGUCUGCAACGGUCGUUCCUAA